AACGUAGCUCAUGCUGCGUUCAUGGCAUAUGUAAGAAUGAGCUGCAGGUUGGCUCUAAUCAUAUAUAACAGUAGGUCGCGGAGGUCUUUGUGAACAUAUCCAUCAACUUCACAUCAACUUUCAUCUCUUUUGCAACAAGACACACAAAAGUUUUUCCAUUACAACCUUAUCAACGUAUACUACAUAACAACACAACACCACCAAGAUGCCUUCUUUCACCGUCUACAAGGGCUCCAAGGAGAGCAAGAUUGUCAAGUCGCAAACCACCAAGCCCGACCUUGAGAAUGACCAAGUCCUCAUCAAAGUAACCGCCUCCGGCCUCUGCGGAACCGAUGAGCACUACAAGGGCGCCGACAUGGCACUCGGCCACGAGGGUGUCGGUGUCGUAGAAGAGCUUGGACCCAACGUGCAGGACCUGAAGAAGGGCGACCGCGUCGGAUGGGGAUACGAGCACAACUCCUGCGGCCGCUGCGACAAGUGCCUCACAGGCCAAGAGACCUACUGCAACGAGCGCCAAAUGUACGGCAUGGCCAACCUUGACCAGGGCAGCUUUGCUUCCCACUCCGUCCAGCGCGAGGCCUUCGUCUUCAAGGUCCCCGAUGAGCUCACCGACGCCGAAGCCGCACCCCUGAUGUGCGGUGGAGCCACCGUCUUCAACGCCCUGCACACCUACAACGUCAAGCCCACCGACCGCGUUGGUGUCAUGGGUGUCGGUGGUCUCGGCCACUUGGCCAUCCAGUACGCGGCCAAGAUGGGCUGCGACGUCGUCGUCUUCUCCGGAUCCGAGAGCAAGAAGGACGAGGCCAUGAAGCUCGGCGCAAAGGAGUUCAUCGCCAUGAAGGGCAAGUCCGAGAUUAGCGUCAGCCGCCCUGUUGACGCUCUCCUUGUCACCACAUCUGUUAUGCCCGACUGGAAGCUCAUGCUCCCUGUCCUCAACAACAACGCUAUCAUCUUCCCCAUGACCGUUUCCGACGACGACUUUGCGAUUAACCACAUGGCUCUUAUUGCCAAGGGUAUCACUGUUCAGGGCUCCGUUGUUGCUGCCCGCGCUGUUCACCGCAGCAUGUUGGCUUUCUCCGCGCUGCAUGGCAUUAAGCCUAUUACCAUGGAGUUCCCGCUUACCGAGAGUGGUAUUGAGGAGGCGAUGGCCACCCUCAGGGAUGGAAAGAUGAGGUACCGUGGUGUGCUUAAGCCCCAGUAGAUGGAUGGCUUUGGAUAGAAGAUGGUAAUGUAAAGGGUAAUGAGUGUUUAUGACCAGAUACCGAUGAUAGACUUACGAAUCU